AUGGUAUAUAGUAAUAAUUCAUCUACUGUUUCAUUAAGAAAAUUCUUAAUUGCCAUUAUUAGUACAAAUAUAAAAAAAUUCUACAGGUAUUCAUCAAGUAAUAAUAAUAAAGCUUUUGAAAGAAAAAAGCAAAUCAAAUGUAGAAUGUUCGUGCUUCUUAUUUUAUAUUUUUUCUCAUUAUCUAUCAUAUUUAAGGAUAUUCCCACACAAUAUACAGUAAUUUGGAGACUAUGUUCUAAUAAAAAUCAUAUAAGGAAAUUAGCAGAGGACAAAAAAGAAAAGUGUUGUGGUCAAACAGAAAACAAAAAUGUUCAUUCCUCAUGUUUUUCAUGUUUUCAAAAGAAACUUGAUAAUAUAAAUAAAAUGAGAAAAUGGUCGAAGGUAAAAAAGAGGGCAUUGAAGUGGAUAAAGGAUAGUUAUGAAAAAGAAUGGACAGAAGAGGAAAGGUUUAGAUACAUUUUGCAAUGGAAUAGAAAUGAAAAAGCAAUGUUAGACCUAAUCAAAAACUUAAAUAUUAAAAAACAGAAUAAGAUAAAAAAGGACUUAGCUGACAUGAGGUGUAAGUGGGAGGAAAGGCUUGAACAUAAAACGAAUAAGAAUUAG